AUGUAUCUAUCUCUGUUCACAUCUAUCUAUCUAUCUAUGUUCAUUAUCUAUGUAUCUAACUCUGUUCACAUCUAUCUAUCUAUCUAUCUAUCUAUCUAUCUAUCUAUCUAUCUAUCUAUCCAUGUUCAUUAUCUAUCUUACCCCUGUUCAUUAUCUACCCAUCUAACUCUGUUCACAUCUAUCUAUCUAUCUAUCUAUCUAUCUAUCUAUCUAUCUAUCUAUCUAUCUAUCUAUCUAUCUAUCUAUCUUACCCUGUUCAUUAUCUAUCUAUCUAUCUAUCUAUCUAUCUAUCUAUCUAUCUAUCUCUGUUCAUUAUCUAUGUAUCUAACUCUGUUCACAUCUAUCUAUCUAUCUAUCUAUCUAUCUAUCUAUCUAUCUAUCUAUCUAUCUUACCCUGUUCAUUAUCUAUCUAUCUAUCUAUCUAUCUAUCUAUCUAUCUAUCUAUCUAUCUAUCCCUGUUCAUUAUCUAAGUAUCUAUCUAUCUAUCAAAAAUUCUCGAUAGCUAUCUUAAAUUAUUCAUAUAUCAGAAUGUUUAUACAGACGUUUGCUAAAAUUUAUCUAUCCUCUCUCUCUCUCUCUCUCUCUCUCUCUCUAUCUAUCUAUCUAUCUAUCUUCGUUUUGUUGCGAAUUGGACUUAGAAACCUGUGUGUGAGGCCAUCUUCCUCGACAAUUGUUUACAUAAUAUUAAAGAUAUUGCUUUCAGAAAUAACAGGAACAUUAAAGUCUACUCCGGCGAUAUUAAAAAGAAAUCACUUCUCUUCUCUUUUCCCUGUCUAUCAAUCUCUGCGACAUUAA